CGCGCGAUCAGCUUGCAGUUCGCGCUCGGUGGACGCGUUCCGGCCCGCUUCUGCCCUCCAUAAGGGCCUCCGGAGGUGCAGUGCGAAAGGGACAGUGUGUCGCGCGCCAGAGUCAGACGCUGAAGGUCACCGCGAAGUUGUAGCGCCUUUUGCGGUGCGUUAUUUAUCGUUUUUCUACAGCCGGUCGCGCGUUGCCCGUCUCAUUGCGUGUGCGAGUGUGUGUUUUAGGUUGCCGAAAACAGUCGUUACCUUGCCCGCCGCGGCCGGGGCCCAGAGUGCAGUAGCAGGCUCCUCCUGCCCGCAAGCUGUUUGAAUGCGUGUAAAUUAUUCGCCCGCCGCUGGCUGAUUGAACCAAGAGACGCGAACGGCCGGGACGUUGGCCGGGCCGCGAUGAAUCAACCGACCAGCACACAAAACACAAAAGCUCCUGCCGAACAGGGCAGUAUGGCGGCCACAGUGGUACCGUUGAAGUUUAUCUACGUCCCGCAAAAGAUCGAAGCGUACGAGCAUGAGACGGCCGUUUUUCAGUGCAUCGUCGAAGGUAGCCCCACGCCCCACAUGUCCUGGCAGCGAAACGGGCGCCCGCUGACGGCGGCCUCGCGCAACGUGACGAUCCAGAGCAAGGGUUCGCUGUGCACGAUGAAGCUCCAGAACGUGGCGCCAAGGGAUGCCGGCCAGUACCAGCUGGUGAUCGAGAAUGGGAGCGGUCGGGUGGAGCGGACGAUCGAGCUGGUCGUGCUGGAGAAGAUCCGAACGAUUAACCGCAUCAAGCGCACCAGUGUGCCAGCGACGAGCAGUAUCCGCAUCUACCGCCACAUCAACGACUACUCGCCCCAGGUCGGUGAGUACAUCAUUCUGAACGCCGAGUACUACGCGCCGUCCAUCCCGAGCGUGCGCUGCUUCCACAAUGGGCGCGAGCUGGACGACGGCCGGAUAUUUCAUCGUAGCGUCAGCCAGCGCAACGUGUCGCUGAUUCUGGAGAAGGCGAAACCGUCCGACUCGGGCACGUACACGUGCGUGCUGGAAACGAUCGACGGGUGCAUCAAGAUGAUGUCGGCCGAAAUCGACGUCCAGGACCCGAAGUGGUCCGUCCCGAUCGACAAGAUGCCCCGGUUGGUGCGCGACCUGCCGAAGGUGAUCACCGUGAUCGAGGGGACCGAGGUCGAGCUCACGCUGGAGCUGCACUGCUCCGAGCUGUUCAAGUGUUUGUGGAAGAAAAAUGGCCGCCCGAUCAAGGAUUCGAUCGAUUUCGCCUACAUCGACCACGGAAACGGUAUGCUGGGUUUACGGCUGAAGGACCCAUUCCUCGAUGACGCCGGCCUGUACGAGUGCACCAUCGAGACGGCAACCCAGCAGCUUACCGCAACCUGCUACCUGGACGUGCUCGAGCAGGAACAACCGUCCUCCGAAUCGGCGACCGAAAAUGGAAGCAUUGACCUGCCGGACACCGCCGCCGCCGCUGCCGAUUUCGUGCGCUAUCCACUCUCGCAGAUUGCCGUCGAGGGUGACAACGUGGAGUACUGUGCAUGUGUCCACCCGCCCGACGCACCACUCCGAUGGUACGUCCGUGGAGCGGAAGUGACCAGCGGCACCAAAGGGUUCUCGAUCGAAUCUCGCGACGAUGGCGAACACAUUCUACGGAUAUUCAACAGCGGCUACAAGCAGAGUGGUGAGGUAAAGUGCUUCGUCCCCCGCACCCCGGCCAGUGAUUGCAGCCUGCGGGGGGUGUACGCAUACGCCGACCUGUGCGUGCUGCCGAAGGCGUUCGUCGGAUCGACGGAGCACAGGGAGAUCGCCCGGUACAGUACCAGCACCGGCCAGAAGCUGCGGUUUCUGCAUGGCCUACAGGACGAGGUGGUUCUCCAGGGGGAUGAUGUCGUUAUCGAGGCCUGCUACCAGGGAACUCCGCUGUCGGAGUUGCGCUGGAAACACUCGGGCCGGUACAUCGCGGAUAGUAACGCCACGACCAGCAAUCUACCGGGACGGACACGGCUUUUGCUGACAAAAAUCGAACCAUCACAGGGCGGCAAGUACAGCGUUCAACUCGAUCCGGCCUGCCCGGAAACGGAACUGUCGAUGUGCCUGCGGGUCGAGUCACCACCGGAACCACCGGCAGGACGACCCACGGUGACCGUGGCGAACCGGACGGCACUGUCCGUGUCGUGGAAUGCCACACCGUACGACGGAGGCAGUGCCAUAACGGGAUUUGUGAUCGAAAUCGACCGGAACGACCAGGGGCAUUGGAUCUGUGCCAAGCGUGUACCGAAUUCGUAUUCCUGCUUAGUGGAACCGCUUGUCCCGGAGCUUCAGUAUCGGUUUCGAAUACGGGCCGAGAACGUGCAUGGUUCGAGUGCUCCGACACCCGCCAGUGAGCCCAUCCUACUCGCGUGGACCGAGCCCCCGGCGAAUGGCCAAUGUACCAAUGGCGGUCGGAGUGGGGAGCGAUCGAUCAGAAGUCCUGCAUCGAGUGGAGCCAGCGUCUGUAGCAGUGCCGCCGACGGUAGCAACGACAGUGGUGAACUGUGCGGGACGGCCAUCGGCGGUCUGGCCGAUGACCACCCAUCGCCCGCGUCGACGACAGCCCCGCAGAUGUCGUUCACGGCCGACGGUGCGUUUGCGGAGCAGUUCGAGAUGGUGAAGGAGGUCGGGAAGGGCCGGUUCGGAGUCGUUUACAAGGUGAAGGCUCGGCGCGAUGGUGCCGUGCUGGCGGCGAAGAAGGUCAAGUGUAUUCUGAAAAAGGACAAGGAACGCGUCUGGGAGGAGACGGCCAUCAUGGAGAAACUGGAGCACCCGAAGCUGUUGCGACUGUUCGCGACGUACGAGCUGCCGAAGGAGAUCGUGAUGGUCGUGGAGUACAUUUCGGGCGGCGAGCUCUUCGAGCGGGUGGUAGCCGACGAUUUCACCCUCACCGAGAAGGACUGUAUCAUUUUCGUGCGCCAAAUCUGCCACGGGGUCGAGCACAUGCACAGCCGACAGAUCGUGCACCUGGACCUGAAGCCGGAGAACAUUAUGUGCGCCACGAAAACGAGCCACGAGAUCAAAAUCAUUGACUUCGGUCUGGCACAGCAGCUGUGUGCGUCGAACCCGACGCGCGUCCUGUUCGGGACGCCCGAGUUUAUUGCGCCGGAAAUCAUCAACUACGAACCGAUCAGUGUGCUAUCGGAUAUGUGGAGCAUCGGUGUCAUCUGUUACGUGCUGCUGUCCGGUCUGUCGCCGUUCAUGGGGGACAACGAUGUGGACACGUUCAGUAACAUUACACGCGCCGAGUACGACUUUGAUGACGAAGCUUUCGAUCUCGUGUCGGACGAGGCGAAGGAAUUCAUUGCCGGGCUGUUGCGGGGCCGGCAGGAGGACCGGCUCAGCGCCCAGCAGUGCCUGCAGUCCGGGUGGCUUUCGCUCAAGGAUGGCGACAGCGUUGGUGUCAACCAGAUCCGGACCGAUAAGUUGAAGAAGUUUAUCAUCCGUAGAAAGUGGCAGAAAACUGGAAAUGCCAUACGGGCCCUCGGUAGGAUGGCUAACUUAUCUGCUUCGCGGCGUGUCUCGGUUGUGCCGCGGGAAACCAACAGCUCCGACUGACUUCGGCAGCGAUCGUGGGGCAGUGGAGCGUGGACGUUACACGGAACGUUACGGCAAUUGAUUGUUACUUGUUUCUGAUGCCAAAUUGCAGCUUCUGAUGUUAUACGUAAUGCGUUCGUUUGUUAAUAUUGAAACUUCCCACUAAAGCCAUAUGCAACCGUAUCCGAAUAAAAUCUUUAAGUGAAGUCACGA